AAUUAGCCUUUAAAUUCACGUGAUAAAAGAUUGAUGUCUUUUAGUAUCGAGUGUAAUUUCACCUCCAUUGUUUCCAAAACUUGCAAAGCAUUUCUUCCUUAUCAUUAAUAGUUUACCUGAGAGAAAAUAUGGCUGAGGAGAUUUGGAAGAGGGUUGGUUCACGUGCUGCUCGUGCAGCUCAGAGGAUCAAUAUUGCGUGGGGAUUUAAGGGAGAGCUGGAAAAGCUGAAGUUGAAAUAUAGCACUAUUCAGGCAGUGCUACAAGAUGCAGAAAAAAGACAAGUUACGGAUGCAGACUCGAGGGUUUGGUUGGAUAAGCUUCGAGACAUAGCUUACCAAGCUGAAGAUGUGCUGGAUGAGCUUGAUUAUGAGAUUAUUCAACGGAAGCUGGAGACUCAAAACAGUAUGAAAGGGAAGGUAUGUAGCUUCUUCUCUCUCUCCAACCCAAUGGCAAUUUGUCUGAGGUUGGCCGCAGAACUUCAAAAGAUCAACGAGUCCCUCGAUGAGCUUCAAGAAACAGCAACUUCGUAUGGGCUUAGAGUUCUAUCUGCAGAUACAACCCCUCAACUGACAGACUCUUUCUUAUGCAGCUCAGAAGAUGUCAAAGGAAGGGGGGAUGAUGUCUCUAAAAUUAUUAACUUGUUGAUUAGUUCUUGCAGCCAACAAGUUCUUUCUGUCAUUCCUAUAGUGGGAAUGGCCGGGCUCGGAAAGACUACUGUAGCAAAAAUGGUGCACCGAGAAGUUAUAGAUAGAAAACUUUUUGAUGUAACAUUUUGGAUUUGUGUUUCUGAUAGUUUUGACGAUAAAAGGAUUUUACGAGAAAUGCUUCUAACUCUUGAUGAAAACACUUCUGGGAUAACUGAAAUGGAUGCAAUAAUGACACAUCUUCGAGAAGAGUUAGAGACUAAAACAUUUCUUCUCGUACUUGAUGAUGUGUGGAACGAAGAACAUGGGGAGUGGGAGAUUUUAAGGGAUUGUCUAUUAAAAAUUAGUGGUAAUAAUAGGAAUGUUGUUGUUGUUACUACUCGUAGUAGACUAACAGCAUCAAUAAUGGAGAGUCAGACUGCAUGUAGUCAUGAGCUGAAACAACUGUCAAAUAAUGAAUGUUGGUCAAUUAUUAGGGAAAUAGUGUCUAGAAAUGGAGGAGAGUCGAUUCCUUCAGAAUUGGAGGCUAUCGGAAUAGAUAUUGCAAAAAAGUGUGGGGGAGUGCCAUUAGCUGCUAGAUUUUUUGGGACGAUUUUGCUUUAUGAAAAGGACAAGGAUAAAUGGAGUUCAAUAAGAGACAGUGAUGCUGUUGAGAUGUCAAGACACUAUGAUCGAGUUUUACGUAUUUUGAAAUUAAGUUUCGAUCAUUUGCCUUCUCCUUCUCUGCAACGCUGUUUUUCUUAUUGUUCUAUUUUUCCUAAAGAUUUUGAGAUUGAAAAGGAGAAACUGAUUCAGCUUUGGAUGGCUGAAGGGUUGCUCGAGUCAUCAGUUCGUGGGGAGAUGGAAGAUAUAGGUGAUAGAAACUUUAAUGACCUGCUUGCACGUUCGUUUUUCCAAGAUAUCCAAACGGAUGAGCUUGGGAAUGUAAUCUGUUGCAAGAUGCCCAAUCUUGUGCACGAUCUAGCUUUGAUGGUGACAAAAUCGGAGACAGUGAUUCAGAAGCCUGGCUCAGCUAUAUAUGGUACAUUUAUCAGACAUCUAAAUCUCAUUUCUUCUGAUGAGAGAAAUGAACCAGCAUUUCUAAUGUAUGGUGGUAGAAAAUUGCGUACAUUAUUCUCAAGAUCCCUUAACAAGUCUUGGGAAUUUAGAGGUUUGCGAAGUCUGACCUUGAAUGGUGCUCGUAUGACAGAGUUGCCAGAUUCAAUUUGCAGGCUGAAACAUUUGAGGUAUCUCGACGUUUCACGAACAGAUAUCAAAGCGCUUCCAAAAUCCAUCACGAAGCUCUAUCAUUUGCAAACCUUAAGAUUCAGCGACUGCCGAUCACUGAUAAAGCUUCCCAACAAAAUGGAAUAUUUGGUAAGCUUGAGACAUGUUGACUUUAGUCAUACGCCAGCUGAUGUUGGAUGCUUAACUGGUCUUCGAUCACUGCCAUUUUUUGAAGUGGGGCAGGAUAAGGGCCACAAAAUUGAAGAACUGGGAUGCUUGAAGGAACUAAGAGGGAAGUUGAGAAUAGUCAAUCUGGAGCAUGUAAGAGACAAAGAAGAAGCCAAGGGAGCAAACCUGUCUGGAAAAGGAAAUAUGAACACAUUGGUAUUGGUAUGGAGUUCAGAAAGAGAAAGCAGCAGUUCCAGCAUCAAUUACAAGGAUGUGUUGGAAGGCCUCCAGCCUCACCCAGACACACGAAGCUUAGAGAUUGAGAAUUAUCAGGGAGAUGAAUUCCCACAAUGGAUUAUGAUGCCAACACUCAAUAAUUUGGUGGUGCUGAAAUUGAAAGGCUGUAAAAAACUUCCUCCAGCAGUACAUCUUUCUCAUCUUGAAAUUCUUGAGAUAGAAGGAAUGGAUGGUGUGAAAAUAAUAGGUCAGGAGUUUUAUAGCAGUGGUGGAAGUGGAACGAAUCCAAUAUUCCCGAUAUUAAAAAGAUUGUCUGUAAUGGGCAUGCGUAGUCUAGUGGAAUGGAUGAUACCUGCAGCUAUAGCUGGUGGAGUACAAGUAGUAUUUCCUUGCCUCGAAGAGUUGUACAUUGAACGAUGUCCAAAGUUGGAAAGCAUCCCAUCCAUGAGCCAUCUUUCAUCAAAACUUGUAAGAUUGACAAUCAGAGACUGUAAUGCAUUGAGUCAUAUAACUGGUGAAUUUCAUGCCUCUGCGACAUCUCUAAAAUAUUUAACCAUAAUGCGUUGUUCCAAUCUGGCAUCCAUUCCAAGCCUUCAAAGCUGCAUAGCUCUGGAGGCGUUGUCUAUUUCUACAUGCUACAAUCUGGUAUCUUCUAUUAUUCUAGAAUCGUGUUCUCUUGUAAGUGUAUUCAUUGGUUGGUGUGGAAAAGCAAGUGUUCGAAUUAGUUGGCCACUAUCCUACGCAAAUAUGAAGGAAUUGAACAUCGAGAUCUGCGGGAAGUUUUUCUUUGAUGAUUUACAUGGAGGAAAAGUGUGGCCUUCUCGUUUUCAAUCACUAGUCAUUAGAUGUUGUGAUCAAUUCAAGUCUGUUCCUGAUGGUUUAAAAAGAAGACUGCAUUCUCUUGUUCGAUUAGAUAUCAGCUGGUGUCGAAAUUUAAGUCACAUUCCGGAAGAUUUCUUUCGCGGCCUAAACCAAUUGAAGGGGUUGAAAAUUGGUGGUUUCUCGCAGGAAUUGGAGGCAUUUCCUGGAAUGGAUUCAAUCCAACACCUAGGUGGCUCCCUUGAAGAGCUUAAGAUAAUUGGGUGGAAGAAACUGAAGAGUCUACCACAUCAACUUCAACACCUCACCUCCCUUACGAAAUUAAAGAUCUAUGGUUUCAACGGAGAGGGAUUUGAGGAAGCAUUGCCAGAUUGGUUGGCCAACCUUUCUUCCCUUCAAGAGCUUACAAUUUGGGAAUGUCAGAAUCUCAAGUAUCUGUCAAGUUCAACAGCCAAGCAAAGCCUCUCCAAACUAACACGUCUGAUAAUUAGGAGCUGUUCGCUUUUGAAGCGAAAUUGCACGGAGGGCAGUGGGUCUGAGUGGCCCAAGAUUUCUCAUAUCCCACAUAUCGAUUUACCAUAGUGAGGAAUAAGUGCAACUCACCCAAUUAAAUAAAUAGUAAGGAGCGCAAUCUUACUACCAAUUUCCUCAG